GUUCGUCUUCAAAGUGUCGUUUGGUGGUGCUUAUUUGUAGCGGCAGAGGAGAAGCGUAAACCCAAACCCUAAUCAGAGAGUUUCAGAAAGAGAAAUCAUUAGUAAUCUGCAACAAUGUCAGCGACUGGGGGUGGUGAUAGUGGUGGCCAGGAGGAAUAUAAGAAGCCCAUGGAUCAGUCGGCACACAUUAACCUUAAAGUCAAGGGCCAGGAUGGGAAUGAAGUGUUUUUCAGAAUUAAACGGAGCACCCAACUCCGCAAACUCAUGACUGCUUACUGCGAUCGACAAUCAGUGGAGUUAAACUCCAUUGCUUUCUUGUUUGAUGGACGCAGGCUCCGGGGAGAGCAGACUCCAGAUGAGCUUGAGAUGGAGGACGGAGAUGAAAUUGAUGCAAUGCUCCAUCAGACUGGAGGCGGACCCUAAUCAACAGUUUGGACCAUAUGGAGAGUCCUCGGUAGACUUGAUGUCAAGUUUCAUUUACUACAUCUAUGGAUAAGUGAUUGUAAAUGACAUGGAUUUUAUAAUGAGCUUGAACUCAAGUCAGUCGGGGUUAGGUAUCCAUCAAUUCUUGUGGUCUUGUUUGCUAUUAUAUUGGAGAGUGAUGUUCAUCUUUAUUCGCAUUAUGGAAUUUGGGAUUGUAAUUUCCUUCAGUUUUGUGAGUAAUUAAAUAUUUCUUAUGGAAUAUUUUAAUAAAAUGGUGUAUCAAUAAUUAUUUUAUUUUUA